ACAUGAAACUUUAAAACAUCGUUUGAGCUAUGACUAGUGUUAAGGCUGAAGGGGUUAUUACAAGAAUAAUCAAACAGAUAGUUCAGCAGUGUGCUGUAAGAGGACAUGAAGUCUCGGAAACACUAGUGGCUUUCAUAGUCAAGGCAGUUGUUCUUGAUCCAGAUUCUGGAUUUUUACCGGAUAAGGCACUGGAUAAUGAAGACAUUAAAAAAUUAAUCGAAUUAUGUGUCGGCAGACUUACUGACCAGGAGUGUUUAUCUGUUGACACUAUAAAAAUGCAGGUCUUCUUUGAAAUGAAUCAUCUCCAAAAAGGUGAAUUCUUAAAUGAACAUCAUCGUGUGCUGGAAAAGCGUUUGGAGCCUGUGUUACGCGAUGUCAUUGACAGUAAAGCUAAAAUGAGAGAAGAAUUAGAAGCAACUUAUCGCAAUAUUAUAUCAGCCUUGUUGUUACAGUCGGGUCUUGGGUCUCCAACAAACAUGGAAGUUGUGAGAGAAACAACAGCUGCACUACAAAGUGUAUUUCCACAAACGGAUAUCGCAAACUUUUUAUCUGCUAAUCCUGGUCAAAAAAGGAAACGGUUGUAUGAAUUGACUGGUUUGGUCACUGGUAUACGCUUGUAUAACAAAGACUGUAACAAAGGAGGAGCUGGUAUUGAUGACCUUCCCCACUUGCUAAGCGAAGGCUUACCUAUGACUCUGAAGACAGUUCAUGAAGAAAUUAAGAAGGCCAACGAACUUGCUGCCAUCUACACAAGUCUUUUCUUGAAACUAUCGGCUGUAGACCCAACUUCAGGUGUUUUAAGUUCAGCUAAUAUUGCUGCGGAGGCUGCCAAAGAGAUUGAUAUCACACCCAAUCAAUUACGCGCUGCUGUUGUAAACGCCAGACAAUAUGGGAAAUUUUUAAGGAUAAUUGAGAAAGAAUUGAAUAAAAUGCUCACAGGCUUAGAGAAAAUGGUUGACAGUUUUAAAGGAUGUAUGAAAAGAUUACACACGCUAAUCAGUGAUCGUCCAGCUGUGCCAAGUAGCGAAGUUUAUCCGGGCUUCUUACAACUUGCUAACUGCUGGACUUCUUUUCAAGAUGAAAUGGUUUUCUUGUCAGUAUUGACUAGUACUUUAAAUACUUUACAAACAUACUUUGUUGGACGUCGGUUGAAAUGGACAAAGGAAAAAUUGUGUACUCUUAUCUCCGAUUCUGAAAUCACCUAUGAUGAAAAUCGUAAACAACAUGAACCACUAAGCGAGGAGUGUCGAGGUGGUUAUCCAUGUGUUUUUCCGCACUCCUCCAAAGAAGAAAGCAACUUGGCCAUUGAAUGUGAAGUAAGUUAUCAUAUGUUUUAUCAGUGGCUAAAAUUCACCAACUCGAGGUAAGUUUACUACCUGUUUUAUUGAUAUUAUCACAUUUAACUCUGUGGUCUUUUAACUGUCAAUUCUUCAAAGUGAUUCAUACUAUUCACACACUGUUGGUCCCACUGAUAACUCUUAUGACAAAGAAAAACUACGUAAAUUUUGGCUCAAUAAAGACAAAAUUUCUCGUUUGAAAACAACUGGGUCAUAGACCACAUCUGCUACACAAAAUGACCUCAUCUUACCACUCUGAUAAAACUGUGACAAAAACGGCUGAUGAUUACCAACAGAUUACUAAAUCACUGCUUCUUAUAUAAAACCUGAGGCAUAACAAUUGGUUCUCCUUUGCCAUCUUCAAUAGCAAUCUCAUUUUCUGACUUCAUUACUUUCAGAAGGGAAUUUAGAUACUAAUUACUGUAUUGUCUCUCUAAUUCUAUCUUUCAUCGUGACUCAUCGUGACAAAAAUGCUACUGAUAUGUUAUAGACAGUUUUUUCCUGAUAGGAAGCUUCAGUAGUGUUUGAUAAUGUGAACACUACCAUCUAGACUCGUAGUACUAAGCGACAGUCGAAGAUCUAGUAUUUUCCCCACUAUAAAUGGUAAUCGUAUCUCAUUGUAAUAUAAAAGUCAAUAAUAUUGGACUGAAAUUGUCCUGCCUUACAUAAGAAGAAUGACGCCAAUGUCUUGUGUAUUUUUUAAAAACUUUUUAUUUUAUUCCUUUACGUUCUGAGUGGAACAUAGAGCCUCAAACGUGAUCUUUGAAGUUCCAGUAACACUGGUUUUAUUUUUACGGGAUGGGGCUGCCAGGCUCACUGCAAACUUUCCCUGUUUGGCUGGUCAUACUUCUAGCUGAGAGAGGUUUAGGAGUGCAUCGACAGGCUUACGAGCACUCUAAUUCUGCACUACCGACGCUUGUCUUAUGUAUUACUGUCAUCAGGUGGAGUGAAGUAGGACGUAAAUAAAGGUUACGACUAUAGUGAAUUACCCGUCCAUGCCAAAAAAAACGGUCACAUUAGAUAAAUAAUCAACUAACUUAUUUUCAAUCAGUUAAUGAAACGUUAAACUGUCCAAUAAGUUUUACUAGAGCAUAUUGUAACACCAUUUAAGAUGAAUACCUCAAAACCUUUAGUGUCGGUAAUCGGAAACAUAUUAUGAUGUGUAUUCGCAAUAUGUAUAAACUUGAUGUAGUUAAGAAUUCAGUGAAAUAAAAAAAGAAAACAGUAAAUAUAUUCUGAUUCAUGUGAUGGAGAAACUGAUCUUAUGAGUAAGUGCAUUCACAUUUUUAUUUUUCGAAAAUACAACUAUCGGCGUCAAAUAUCUGAUCAACACUACUUAUUUCAUGCAUGUACCCCGGACACCGUAGAAGAAGAACUGGACAAUCUCAAGAGAAUC